GACCUGCCCCUCCCCGGAGCCCCCUGGACCCCCAGCCCAGGCGGGUUUCACGGGCGGGGGACUCGGUUAAUUUUGGGUGAGAUUCAACAGAACCACGAGGUGCCAGCGCCACCCCCGUGUCUCUCUCAGGGCUGUUCCGGGACACCGGAGCAGGACACGAGCCAGGACACGAGCCGGGACCCCUCAGGUGCUGCAGAGCCCCCCCAGGAUCCCCCCGAGUUCCUCAGCGCCCUCUGAUCCCAGGGAAAUGCGGCUUCUUCCCCAGAUUCAUUCCCCAGAACGUAUUUCCCAGCCCCCAUCCGGUCCGAAAUAAAGAUGGAAAAGCUCUGAAGGACCCCAACCCUUCCCCUGGAAGGCGCCGAUGCGAUGGAGGGAGAUCGGCCCCACCUGAGCUCAGACCCGACCACGCCGUACCUGAGGAAGGCUCCGACCCCUCCUGGCCAUGAGGACGCCGACACCGCCGUGAUCGCAGUGGUGAUCGCCCUGGUGUUCCUGACCCUGCUCACCGUGCUGGUGGUGAUUGGGAUUUACCUGUACCGGAACCAGGGCUCCUACCUCACCUACGAGCAGCCCGAGCCCGACGCCACCCCGAGGGAGGAGCCUCCAGCCAAGGACAAGGAGGAAUAUUUCAUCUAAGGACACGCCUGGGAUCCACACAGAUCCCAAAAUCCCCUGGAGAUGGAGGAUUCUAUGAAUUUUCAGGAGUUAGGAUGCUAUCUGAAUUCCCCGCCAUCAGGGAUCUGCUCAAAUUUCCUGGACUUGAAAUAUCCCGGAGCUGAGGAUCUGCUGAAAUUCCCUGGAGGUGGGGGAUCUUCCUAAGUGGGAUCUGCCUAAAUCCCCUGGAUUUGGGGCUUUACCUACAUUUCCUGGAUUUGGGGUUCUGCCUAAAUUCCCUGCAUUUGGGGAUCCACCUAAAUUGGAAACCUCCCUAAAUUCCCUGGGACUGAGGUUCUGCCUAAAUAUCCUGGAGCUGGGAUCUGCCUGAAUCUCAUGGAACUUGUGAUCUCUCUAAAUUCCAUGGAGCCGGGCCUCUACUUGCAUUUCCUGGAUUUGGGGAUCCAUCUAAAUUAGAAACUGCCUAAAUCCCCUGGGGUUCUGCCUAAAUAUCCUGGAGCUUGUGAUCUCCCUAAAUUCCCUGGAGCUGGAGGCCUCUAUGAAUUUUCAGGAGUUAGGAUGAUACUUGAAUUCCCUGGCAUCAGGGAUCUGCUCAAAUUUCCUGGAGUUGGGGAUGCACUGAAAUAUCCCAGAGCUGAGGAUCUGCUGAAAUUUUUUGGAGGUGGGGGAUCUUCCUAAGUGGGAUCUGCCUCAAUCCCCCAGAGGGAUUUAGGGCCUUUACCUGCAUUUUCUGGCUUUGGGUUUCUCCCUAAAUUCCCUGGAUUUGGGGAUCCACUUAAAUUGGAAACCUGCCUGAAUUCCCUGGGGCUGAGGUUCUGCCUGAAUAUCCUGGAGCUGGGAUCUGCCUGAAUGCGUGGAGCUGGGAUCUCCCUAAAUCCCUGGAGCUGGGGCUCUACCUGCAUUUCCUGGCUUUGGGGUUCUGCCCAAAUUCCCGGGAUUUGGGGAUCCACCUAAAUUGGAAACCUGCCUGAAUUCCCUGGGGUUCUGCCUAAAUAUCCUGGAGCUUGUGAUCUCCCUAAAUUCCCUGGAGGUGGAGGCCUCUAUGAAUUUUCAGGAGUUAGGAUGAUACUUGAAUUCCCUGGCAUCAGGCAUCUGCUCAAAUUUCUUGGAGCUGGGGAUGCACUGAAAUAUCCCAGAGCUGAGGAUCUGCUGAAAUUUUUUGGAGGUGGGGGAUCUUCCUAAGUGGGAUCUGCCUCAAUCCCCUAGAGGGAUUUAGGGCCUUUACCUGCAUUUUCUGGCUUUGGGGUUCUCCCUAAAUUCCCUGGAUUUGGGGAUCCACUUAAAUUGGAAACCUGCCUGAAUUCCCUGGGGCUGAGGUUCUGCCUGAAUAUCCUGGAGCUGGGAUCUGCCUGAAUGCCUGGAGCUGGGAUCUCCCUAAAUCCCCUGGAGCUGGGGCUCUACCUGCAUUUCCUGGCUUUGGGGUUCUGCCUAAAUUCCCGGGAUUUGAGGAUCCACCUAAAUUGGAAACCUGCCUGAAUUCCCUGGGGUUCUGCCUAAAUAUCCUGGAGCUUGUGAUCUCCCUAAAUUCCCUGGAGAUGGAGGCCUAUGUGAAUUUUCAGGAGUUAGGAUGAUACUUGAAUUCCCUGGCAUCGGGGAUCUGCUCAAAUUUCCUGGAGUUGGGGAUGCACUGAAAUAUCCCAGAGCUGAGGAUCUGCUGAAAUGUUUUGGAGGUGGGGGAUCUUCCUAAGUGGGAUCUGCCUCAAUCCCCUGGAUUUGGGGCUCUACCUGCAUUUCCUGGCUUUGGGGUUCUCCCUAAAUUCCUUGGAUUUGAGGAUCCACCUAAAUUGGAAACCUCCCUAAAUUCGCUGAGGUUCUGCCUAAAUAUCCUGAUCUGGGAUCUGCCUGAAUCCUCUGGAUUUUGUGAUCUCCCUAAAUCCCCUGGAGCUGGGCUUCUGCCUAAAGCUGAGGAUCUACAGGCUGAUUUUGUUUGGUUUCAGUUUAUUUUUUCUUCCUUAAUUUAUGAAGCCAACCAUGGAAGAAUAUGUGGGUGCCGAGAGCAGGAAAAACCCCAAAUACCCCCCAAAAAAAUAAUAAGAGGAAGUUCCCAACGCAGCAGGAAAAAGGAAAGAAGUGAGGAAACCCCAGCUGGCAGCAGCCAAAAGGGUUCUCAGAGGCCCAACAGAAAUUUGUCACUUCAUUUAAAUUUUCAAAAUAAUCUUUAUUUUUGGUUUUUAGUAUAAAAAUCCACAAGUUCAGUGCAGCACAGAGAGUCUGAGAGCCCUUGGGAACAGUCAGGGAUGGUCACACACACACAGAACACAGAUUCAGAUUAAAGUGAAAUAUUUAAGAUAAAAUAAAA